GACGGGAAUAAGGGCCCCCCUCCAAUAGUGGCAGCUGCAGCGAAAAAGAAACGGCGACUUCUCGAAAACAAUCCCGGCGCCGAUCUUCAUACCACCUAAUCCGGCAGCAAUUUCUUCAAGUCGUUGAUAGGAUACACAAAAGAGAACGCCAAAAAAAAAGGGGGGGGGCAAGGUAGUCCAGUAGAGAUAUUGCCGCCCUCUGCGCAGGCCCCAGCCGGCGCGCCCCGAGAGCAGCCUCCAUCAAUAUACACACGGCAACAUGGACCACCACCACGGGGCCUCGGCGGACGAGAUGAGCCCGCUGGAGCAGGAGGUGCUGGACGAGUACGAGCGGCUGGCCGAGAACAUGAAGAAGCUCGCAUCAACACUAGACACGCUCUCCAGCGCGCCGCCCGUCGAGAUACUGGACGGGCUGCGCGAGCUCGAGCGCAAGACGAGCCUCGUCUUCACGCUGCUCAAGGCGAGCGUCUACAGCAUCGUGCUGCAGCAGGAGAUCGACUGGGGCGACCAGGCCGGGGCCGGGGAGGGGGACGAGGGGGACUACGACGAGUAAUAGGGAAAACAAGGAAGAGACUACGGCACGUCAGAAGGAUUGGGGCAAAGCAGGCGUCAUGAUAUUCAUCAGCACUUUGGGGCGUAUAUGGCCAUGUCAAAGCGGAUUGCUACUGAGGGUAGCAACCCGUGGGAUGUUUUCUACCAAGGCACCACGAGAUUGAGGAAAGCGUUUCUUUUUUCGUUGGUUGAUUUCUUGUUUGCCGCAAGAGGCACAAGAAUGAAUUCAUGAUUAAUACACGGCGCCCCCGUAGUAGACCUUCCUCACAUCCACCAGCUUCCGGCCCCGCCCGAUGGCCAUGGCCUCGGGGUCGACCUGGCCCGUCA